AGUUCAGAUCUUUUCGUUUUGCAAAGAAUCUGCAAUAAUAAUCCGUGGCAUGCAUGUGCAAAUCAUCAAGAUAUUCUUCUUAAUUCCGCAUCUCUUCCGUACAAAUACGAAAUCCAUUACACCACCGUCCUUACGAGGUUUUCUUCUGUGUUAUCCUUCGUUCUGUUUUUUUUUUUGUGAGAGAAUGGGUCGGUUUGUGGAAGCUUCUGCAGUUGCUUUGAUAUUGUCUUUGGUUGUUGUAAUAACACAUUCAGCUCCAGAAUCUGCUCUUGUCACCACACUUCCUGGCUUCAAUGGCACUCUUCCUUCCAAACACUACGCCGGGUAUGUGACGAUCGAUGAGAAACGUGGCAAGAAUCUAUGGUAUUACUUUGCGGAAUCCGAGAAGGAUCCGUCCGAGGAUCCUGUCGUGCUUUGGCUCAACGGCGGUCCAGGUUGCUCGAGCAUGGAUGGCUUUGUCUACGAACAUGGUCCUUUUGAUUUCAAACAAGCAAAAACAGACGGCAGUUUGCCACAGUUACGGCGCAAUCCUUAUAGCUGGUCCAAGGUUUCCAACAUCAUAUACCUGGAUUCACCUGCAGGUGUCGGGUUUUCAUACUCGGAGACCAAAUCUGAUUAUUCCACAAAUGAUACGCAGACUGCCAUUGACGCUCAUGCGUUUCUUCUCAAACCAUGAACAUCUGCCUGGUUUCAUGAAAGCGUAGAGAACUGGCCAACCAUUAUUCUCCUUGAAGCGGCCCACACUUCACUUUCACAUAGGUGGUUUCCUAAGCGUGUCAUCUCUGAAGAUACACUAUUUGAUCAUGACAAAUUUAGGAACCAUUAAAAAUUUCUUAGUUUUUAAGUUUUCUAACUUAAAGUCGUAUA